AUGUACAUUCCAAAGAAAUACCAAGAGGAUGACUGGGAACAGGUGGAGCACCUCAUCAAGAAAUACCCUUUGGCAACAAUAAUCACUACCACUCCCGACAACGAGAUAAUCGCAAACCACAUACCGCUUUAUCUUAAAGUCGACUCUUCUGGAGAGAAGAGGUUGAUAGCCCACAUUGCCAAAGCCAACCAUCAGAUACCCUCUUUAUCUUCAAACAAUAACGUAUUGGUCAUUUUCCAGUCUACAAAUUCCUAUAUAACUCCCAACUACUACCUUAGCAAAGCAGAAACGCAUAAAGUAGUUCCAACAUGGGAUUUUGCCAGUGCCCAUAUUCACGGAUCGUCGAAAAUCAUUGAUGAUUUCGAAUUUGUCCGAGACCAGUUAAAUUACUUGACUAACCAAGAGGAGGGUAAAAAGGACGAAGAAGCAACCAAAUGGCAAGUUGAUGAGGCACCGGAAAAUUACUUGAAGAUUAUGCAAAAAGCAAUAACGGGACUUGAAAUAAAUAUUGAUUCAUUCCAAUGCAAGUACAAGUUUGAACAAGGUGCAAAGAAGCCAGAUAUCUCCGGUGUGAUUAAAGGAUUGUCCGAUGAUGGUAAAGAGGAGAUGUCAAAGUUGACCGUCGAUGCCAAUGCCAGGGCUGAUGAAAGAAAAGCCGCAAACACGUGA